AUGAAGUUCUCAGCUACCAUCCUCAGCGCCGCGUUGCUCACAACGUCGGCCAUUGCCGCCCCUCUCACCGAACGCCGCGCAGCUCGCAAUGCUGCCCGAGCUGUAGGCCGAGCUGGCCGUAUCAGCCGUCCCCCUAUUAAGCCAGACACCCGGGAGCUUAUUAGUCUGAAUGAGACAAGCCACGCGCAGUACAGCUCGAACUGGGCCGGUGCUGUGCUUAUUGGCACGGGAUACACCUCUGUCACCGGUGAAUUCACCGUUCCCACUCCGAAACUUCCCUCUGGUGCUUCGUCUAGCGAGCAGUACUGCGCCUCUGCCUGGGUCGGUAUUGACGGUGAUACUUGCAGCUCCGCCAUCCUCCAAACUGGAGUUGAUUUCUGCAUCCAAGGAGGCGCGGUUUCAUACGAUUCCUGGUACGAGUGGUACCCAGAUUAUGCCCACGACUUUUCCGGCAUUGACAUCUCCGCUGGAGAUGUGAUUAAGGUUACUGUGACCGCUACCGCCAAGAGCUCCGGUUCUGCUGUCAUCGAGAAUGUGACUUCAGGCCAAUCUGUCACCCAUAAGUUCAGCAAUGUCAGUGAUGGAGACCUCUGCGAGACCAACGCUGAGUGGAUCGUCGAGGACUUUGAAAGUGGCGGCCAGUUGGUUCCCUUCACCAACUUUGGAACCGUGACAUUCUCAAAGGCAGAGGCUACGUCUGGCGGCAAGACUGUAGGCCCAUCUGGGUCUACUCUCUUCGACAUCAAACAAAGCAGCACAGUCUUGACCAAGUCUUCGGUUACUGAUAAUAGUGUUACUGUGAGCUAUGUCUAA